GUUUGAGGAGCAAAAGGAUUUUAAUGAAUGGAAAAGCUAAUCCUUUGAUAAAAAGGAUAUCCUUGACCUAUAUAAACAUAUACAUCCGUACGUAAAACUCACAUCAUAGUUCAGUGAUGGAGAGCACAGCAACAUUAAAUUAUGGUUUUUGCAAUGCGGUCAUCGCAGCCCCGUGCACAGGUAACAAUCCGUUUUUCCACCUACCUUCGCUGGGGAUAUUACGUCCGUGAUCGCCCCUUAUAUUUCCGUUUACCAGUACCUGAAUUGCUUGAACGAACUAGUAUCUUAACACCCGUUGGCUAUUCAGACGAAACCCUCGAGUUGGCAAAGACUUUACAGACUCGAACCAUGACCGACAUCGGAAUUCCUGAAGCCGACCGUAACGAGAUUAUAGAAAAACUUGCUUUAGAGUGUAGAACAGAAUAUGCAGGUAAUGGUAGGUUAACGAUUACUCGAGACCGUGAAGAAGAUGACAAUGAGGACGAAGAAGAUGACAGUGACGACGAAGAAUUACCAUUUAUAUCAUUAUCAUCUGCUGCUGCUAAAUCAUCUAUCGAUGCCUUGGACAGAAUUAAUGUGUCUGCUGGUGAUGGUAUGGAAUGUUCGGUUUGUCUCGAAGGUAUUGAGGUUAGUGAGCCGGCAAUUCGGAUGCCGUGUUUGCAUUGUUACCAUCAGGAUUGUAUUGUAAAGUGGCUCUGUCAGAACCAUUCUUGCCCGCUUUGCCGCUAUGAAUUGCCUGCUGAGUUGUAGGAUUUGAAUUCACUUUCUGUAAUUUGUAGUUAUUUCCAUUCGUUCAGAUUGUGAUUGUUAUGUGAAUUAGAAUUUUAGUUUGUAAUUUAGGAUCUCAUGAUAUUUUUAUUAUAUAAAUAGAGAAAAGUUAGAUUCUAUAAAAUUCUUCUAAUAACAUAAAAUGUGUCGGCUGAUGAUGGUAUGGAAUGUUCGGUUUGUCUCGAAGGUAUUGAGGUUAGUGAGCCGGCAUUGACUCUGUCGGAACCAUGCUUGUCCCCUUUGCCUGCUGAGUUGUAGGAUUUGAAUUCACUUUUGAA